AUGUCAUUCACACCAUCUCCAGGCAUGGCAACCACACCUACAAUGUCUGCAACAGAGAGUCCUCCACUUCAGUAUAUGUCAGAAGAUGGAGACAGCAUUGACAGAAGUGAAACCAUGAAUAUGUCCCAGCUUGAACCCUUACCUCCUGUUGAUGCCCAACCAGUGAUGUACUGUGAACCAGCCUUUUGGUGCUCUAUUAGUUACUAUGAACUCAAUACUUGUGUUGGUGAAACUUUUCAUGCUUCACAGCCUUCUACAACAGUAGAUGGUUUCACAGACCCAAGCAAUUCAGAACGAUUCUGUCUUGGACUGUUGUCAAAUGUUAAUCGUAAUGCAGUUGGAGUAACUGAUAGGACCGCCACUGCAAUCCUUUGUAUUGGUGGACCGAUCGAGGUGGCGCAGUGA